AUGGGUAGCUACUGUAAGAAACGUAUUAGACCUCUCCAGGCUGAGCACGAGCAGGUUGGCUUUUGCAAUCGUAUUUUAAGUAGAGUCAUGUUCCAGACCUUGGCAUUUGAUACCUUGUCGGGACUCGUAGACAAUGACGUGCCUUUUCGGUUCUAUCCAGAAUCAAACAUGGCAAAUCGCUGGUGGGCUGGAAAUGUUGCCAUGAGAGGUGUAGAUCCAGUAUCUUCGUCUCCUUCUCUUCAAUUGAGAAAUCUUGAAGAAGAGAGUACCCCUCCCGGUUUGAACCGAUUAGGUCCCAGACGAGAACAGGAUUUCAUUGACACCAACACCAAUAGCCCUAAAACAGCCGCCACCGCCACACCUCUCAGUACUCAUAACCAAGAAGAUCAAGAAGAUAGCAGAGACAACACCAACAACCAAGAUUCUGGCGACCACACAGCUCACGAAACCAUUGAACCAGGCAGUGGUAGCACAUCUCGCAGGCCUCGAGGCCGACCUGCUGGUUCAAAGAACAAACCAAAACCUCCCAUUGUCAUCACCAAAGAAAGCCCUAAUUCUCUCCGCAGCCAUGUCUUAGAAAUCAGCUCCGGCAGUGACCUUGUGGAGAGCAUUGCCAAUUUUUCUCACCGUCGCCAUCGUGGUGUUUCAAUCCUUAGCGGAAGUGGUAUUGUGAACAAUGUUACUCUUAGGCAGCCUGCAGCACCUGGCGGGGUUAUCACUCUUCAUGGACGAUUUGAGAUUUUGUCACUUUCGGGUUCUUUUCUGCCUGCCCCAUCGCCUCCUGGAGCAACGGGGCUGACUGUUUAUUUGGCAGGUGGACAAGGACAGGUGGUGGGAGGAACUGUGAUGGGGGAGCUGAUAGCAGCAGGGCCAGUGAUGGUGAUUGCAGCAACGUUUAGUAAUGCAACUUAUGAAAGGUUGCCACUUGAGGAGCAAGAGCAAGAAGGAAUACAACUGCAGCAGCAAGUGAAUUCAUCAGGGACUAAUGAUGGCAAUGCUACCGCAGGCGGUGGUACUAGUAGCGGUGGCGGUAAUAAUUCUGGGACUCAAUCUUCUCAGGGUUUAGGUGAGCAUGGUUCAAUCCCUGUGUACAAUUUGCCUCCUAAUUUGUUGCCUAAUGGGCAAAUACCACAUGAUGUGUUUUGGAGUCCCCCUCCUCGCCCUCCCCCUCUUACUGAUGAUGUGAUAGAGAGAGAGAAGAGUUGUUAUGCUAUGUUGUUGAAACUCGUUGAUGAAGAGAAGAAAUAUACCAGUCAAGAACUGCUCAUUAAUGGAAAUUUGUGGAUGAGACCAGAGAACUUUUUAAUUUUCUUAGGAAAUGUGGGGUUUAAUUCAUCUGCAAUUGCAUUAGAAUGGGUCGAUUCAUAUUCCGAUUUAGUCGAACUUUUAAAGGCGUUGAAUUUUGCAUCAUUAGUGCACAUUGGGCUAGUUUCCAAGUUUUAA